AUGGAGGAAGGAUUCGUGACGGGUGCAGAUGAAGACGUGGAAAUGCUCGUGAUCGUGCCGCUGGCUGUGGUGCUGGAAGAUAUGCCAGAGGAUGAGGAUGUGGAUGAAGCAGAGGAUGAUACAGAGGCGGAAGAUGAGCUCGAAGACAUGGAAGCAGAAGACGAUGACAAAGAGGACGACGAAGAUGAGAACGUCGUAGAGGAUGAGGAUGAGGACGAGGAUGAGAAGGAAGACGUGGAGGAUGACCUAGAGGUGGUGGAUGAGGACGUGGAUGAGGAUGAGGACGUAGAGGAAACGGUAGUGGAUGAGGAAGUAGACGUGGAUGAGGUAGAACUUGAGGUGGAGGAAGACCUCAAAGUAUUAAAAGACGUGACAGACGACGAAGUCGACGACCGCGAGGUAGACGAGACAGUUCGCGAGGUACUCCUGGAUGUAGCUGACGAAGACAACGGAAUUGAAGUUGAGGACGUUCGGACCGGGGUGGUCCUGGAGGCACUACAGACCAAUAUAUGGUGGGGCCCGACGAUACCGACGUGGAAGUUGGCGGUGCCGAAGUCGAGCUUGCACUUGAAACAGACUGCUCAGUGGUGGUCGACUGAUGAGAGCGAGGUCACAGAGAUGGUCGUCGGAACAGUUGUCAAUGUCGGAAAUGAGAUAGACGUCGGGACAGACGUCGGCAAGCUUACCGAAAUCGAGGGCACGCUCGUCGACUACAAAAAACCACAGGAUGUGAGCGGGGCAUUUAUCGAGAAAUGUGCCAAGAAACGCACCAGGGAGACGCUCGCGGACGCAGAGCCCGCCGUGGUCGUGUCCAUCGACACCGCGGUGGGAGUACCCGCCGGCGAACUUGCCGACGACGCAGAACCGGAGUCCGUGGGGUCCUGCGAGGCGGGAGCCGAACUAGAGGCCGCACUGCUUGGGAGCGUGACCGACGCUGACGCGUCCGUCCCAGAGCUCGCUGCACUCGUCGCUGUUGACGUCGGCGACCCGCCCCCGCUGGGAAUGGUGGAGGAAGCGCCCAUUUCGGGCAAGGGAGAAGGCAAAGUGGCAGAUGCGGAAUGGCAUGCAUCGUGGCGCGAAGGAAACGGUAGAACUGCCGCUUGCACACGAGGCACGGAGGGCAAGCUGAGCAGAAAGAGCGCUGCAACUGCGGACCAGCGAACCAUCGAGCUGGGGGAGGAGGAACAUAUGAGCAUUCAUACGAAGGCAAAGGGAACCAUAACAUAUUGUCGACAACGUGGCAGUGGUGAGAAGUGA